AGAGAAGGAGCGAGACGGAAGAGACGACAAAGGUAGCUUUCUUGAAAUCCUGUCUGUAGCCUCUGUGCUUCAACACGCUCGCCACUAAGUGGGAUACAUUUCGUGCGUGCGUGCGUGCGUGCGUGCGUGCGUGCAUGCGUGCAUGCGGUGCGUGCAUCGCGCUCCGGAUUCUCGACUCUCGCGACGACCGUGCGGUGGUGGUGCGUGAUCGGUGGUGCGACGUGUUAAUAUACACGAUACUCGCCUCGUCGGCCGCGCUGCCGCUCUCGGUGUAGCUGCUGUGCUCGACGUUAGUACGUCCAUAUGCUGUGCGCGACGCGAUGGUCCUCGCGCGGUUCUUCCUCAAGAAGCCAACGGCGCAGAACGACGACGACGUCGCCGCCGGCGGCGACGUCGUCGCGAUAGUACCCGGCGAUGUGGCCAGCGCUACGACGAAGAGCAUGCUCUGCAUCCAAGAGGAGCUGGCACAACUGAGUGAAAUCGCGGGAAGCCCCGAACGGCUAAUCACCGAGCUGCGAGAGGUCCAAUUACCUAAUAGUAAUCAUCUCAAUUCCGCAAGUAACUCCAGCGACGCCGCAACGAAAUGCGCCACCGGAUCGGAAAGCAUCGAUUCUCAACGAUCGAGUUGGGUCGAGGGCAUACUAGGGUGCAUGCGUCCCGUCUGGACCAUGCUGUCGAAGGCUGCUAUUAACGAGAAGAUCAAGGGUCUUUCAAGUAAGUUAUCAGACGAUUGGGAGAUACCCUUCGAAGCAAUUAGUGAGCUACAGUGGCUCGGAUCCGGGGCUCAAGGUGCAGUAUUUAGUGGGAAAUUAAAUAAAGAAAUAGUAGCUGUAAAAAAGGUGAAAGAACCGAAAGAGACUGACAUACGCCACUUGCGAAAGCUCAAUCAUCCGAACAUUGUACACUUCAAAGGAGUGUGUACAAAACCUCCUUGCUAUUGCAUAAUAAUGGAGUUUUGUCCGUUCGGACCAUUGUACGACCUUCUGAGAGCUGGAGAACCGGUUCCUCCUGCUAGAUUAGUGUCAUGGUCAAAACAAAUUGCUGCGGGGAUGGCGUACCUUCAUGCUCACAAAAUCAUACACAGAGAUCUCAAAAGCCCAAAUGUUCUGAUAGGACAAGGAGAAAUAGUGAAAAUCAGUGAUUUUGGCACGAGUAGACAAUGGAACGAGAUUAGCACGAAAAUGACUUUUGCCGGUACGGUGGCAUGGAUGGCGCCGGAGGUAAUUAGAAAUGAACCGUGCUCGGAGAAGGUGGACAUAUGGUCAUAUGGCGUCGUACUAUGGGAAUUACUGAGCGGUGAAAUUCCUUACAAGGAUGUCGAUUCCUCGGCUGUUAUGUGGGGAGUGGGCAGCAAUUCUCUUCAUUUGCCGAUUCCCACCAGUUGUCCCGAGGGUUAUGGACUGUUAGUUAAGCAGUGUUGGUCAGCUAAACCACGUAACAGGCCUUCCUUUAAACUUAUCGAGAUGCAUCUCGCCAUCGCAGCUGUCGAUGUACUCUCCACAGAACCCGACGAUUACUUUAAGGCACAGCAAUCUUGGAAAAAAGAAAUACAGGAACAUAUGCAGCAUAUGCCGCUAUUUACUAAUACCGAUCCACGUUUCGAGGCUGAAUUAAUCCAACGGAGGAAGGAUGAAUUGCGACAUGCUCAAGAUGUCAGAGAACACUAUGAGCGCAAACUUGAACGGACUAACAAUUUAUACCUAGAACUGAAUGCCAUUCUACUGCAAUUAGAAUUACGCGAGCGAGAUGUGAUAAAACGACGCUGUAUCGCUUUGCAUAACCGCUUUGCACUUACGGGACAGAUAGUACAAGACCGCAGCCAAAUUCGCACAUUUGGAAAUAAAUGUCUGGUUUGUCUCAGGAGAGAACAGCAAUCAACAGGAUAUAAGCAGUACAAGAAACGUCUUGUCCGUCCUUUAUUGAAAGCCCAGGAAAGGCUGUACCGCAGACGGAACGGCACCGUACAGUUCUCUACUUCUUCGACGCCUACCACUCCACCAUCGCCUACGGAUUCGCCACAGAGCCCCGUCAAAGCUACUAUGUGUACGCAGCUAAACGAAUCGAAUCAACCGGAAACUAUUCUAGCGUCUAGCAAUAGCUUCAAACAGCGUAAAUACAGGCAUCGUAGAGUUGGUUCGGGUUGUGGUCUGAGUUCCAGUCCUAGAUCGAGUCCUCAUCGUGAAAGAAAGAGUAUAGAAGUACCUGCAAGAUUCGUUGAUAGUCAUACGCAAACGGAUAUCAUGGAUAUCAAUGAAACGGAUCAUACCUCAGUAGCGAAUAUAAUACUUUCUUUACCAGAAAAGUCUUCUUUGGAUCUCGUGAGAAGACACUCAUUGAAUAAGCAAGCGACGGAAUGCUUAAAUGGUAAUCCAAUUUUGCCGGAGACGCACUAUCCGAUGCAAACUAGUUCAUGCUCUAGUCCUGAACAUUUAAAUGAAAAUAACACCAAUGGAAACGAACGUUUAAAGGAUUGCAGCGACGACGACAAUCUUGAGACUCUGGGCAGAAAAGUCAGCGAAAUUAUUAAUGCGAAUCGUCUUAUCAUUGACAAUGGAAAUGGCGAUGACGUCAUUAUCUCCCACAGUAGAAAUAAAGAAGAUUCGAGCAAGUUAUCUGGGCACUAUGUGGAACAAUCAGACAUUAAAAUACGAUCUUCAGACAAUACAGAUGAUCGCGAAGACGAUGCUUGUGAAGAAAGCUGGUCAGAUGAAGAGGGAGAGGAUCCAAGCUAUACCUAUAAUUAUUCUUUGAGACGAAGAAGUAUUGCCAGGAGACCAAUUGGUCCUGGAUGCAGAUUACGAAGAUCUAAAUUAACAACAUCCGGCAGAAUACAGGGAGCAUUAGCUUCCGAUGAGGAAAAUACUUCUGAAUAUUCUCAUCCUCCGUCCAGUCAGACUUCCACCUUAGAGAGUAAUCCGGAUGUUCAAAGAGUUCUUCGUAAUAUACAUCAUUCCCAAAAAAGAAAGGAAAUAGACGACGUUUCUGACACAUCGAGUCAAUCGGAAACGGAUGAAGUCAGUGAAGUUACAAUUGCAUCUCAACCAACGAGUGGAUCUAUGAAGAUGGAGAGUCGAGUAUAGAUUAGUUAUUAGUGUAAUUUUUAUAUCUGAUUUAUGAAUGGUUUAUAAAAUAGAGUUACUGCCUAAGUGAAAUUCA